UUAAUCUUGCAAAACGAUCUCCUCAAAAUUAAACCGUUGUGUAUUCGUGGUAAAUAGAUCCAGUUUGGAUAAUUAUAGCCUUUUGUGUUUACGGAAACGUCAUUCAGACUUUACAAAGGAGUUGUAUGCGUUGUCUCAUAUUGUUAGAAAACGUAGGUGGCAAAGUUAGCCGAUGAUUAUUGUAGGCUAAGUAAACUAAGCUAACUACCUAGCUUGAACCAUGCCGAAUUUUUGCGCGGCCCCGAACUGUACACGGAAGAGCACACAAUCAGAUUUGGCUUUUUUUCGAUUUCCAAGGGAUCCAGAGAGAUGCCGAAUCUGGGUAGAGAACUGCCGCAGAGCAGAUCUAGAGGCGAAAACAGCAGACCAGUUGAACAAGCACUACAGAUUGUGUGCGAAACACUUUGACCCAGCUAUGGUUUGCAAAACAAGUCCCUAUAGGACAGUGUUGAAAGACACAGCCAUUCCAACUGUGUUCGAUCUGACGAGCCAUCUAAAAAAUCCUCACACCAGACAUCGCAAACGGAUUAAAGAACUUACUGAAGAAGAUUUAAGGAAGAUUAAAGAAAGGAGAUUGGCAUCUUCUAUUGAUCAGCUUGUUUCCAAAAAAGAUGCAGCUGCUGUGGAUGGCGCCAGCACAAACGAGGAUGAACCUCAGCUGUCCACAGAGGAGAGGGAGUUUCGUGAAUACCUGAGAUCCUUGUUUGAGGUUGUGGUCCUGUUAGGAAAACAGAGCCUUUCUUUAGUGGCUGACGAAGAAUCAAAAGCUGGACAUGUGUCCAACAACUUCCAGGCCCUUCUGGAUUACCGAAUGAACGCUGGAGAUGAAGCUUUGAGGAAGCGUUUUGAGGCGACUGCUGUGAACACAGAAUACCUCUCUGCAAUGCAGCGGACCCAGCUCUUGGACGUCUGUGAGAACACAGUGAGGGAGGAGAUGCUGAUGGAGGUGCGAGAGAGUCGCUUCUUCUCCCUGGUGACGGGGGACCUUGUUGAAUUUGGUAACGAGAAGCACCUGCCAUUGUUUUUACGCUUCGUGAACCAGCAGAACGUCCUUCGUGAGGAAUUCUUGGACUUUAUGUCUUUCGAUGGCGAUGAGGCCGCGCUUGUAGAGAGAUUGGAGGCUCAGCUGACCGACCGUUGGGGACUCAGUAUGGAGGACUGCCGUGGUCAGGCCCACAAGGCGACUGGUACCUCCACCACCAAGAUGAAAGCCGUGGCAGUGCUACUGAUGGAGAAGUAUCCUCUGGCACUGCACAUGUCCUGCUCGCAUAUAGCACUGAACGUCCACCUGACAAACAACCUGCCUUUUCCCAAUGUCCAAGUUGUCAUGGAGACUCUGAGGAGGAUUGGUGCUUUCUUUAGUGUCCCUUUUACCCAGAAUGAGCUAGAAAAAGCCAUCUGUACUCAGUACCCGAAAAAUGAAGAAAAGGUAACUGCGCUGAAACAAGCCUGUGUCUCAGGAUGGACGGAGCAGCACAAUGUCUUUGACGUCCUGUUAGAUCUGUUGCCGCCCCUGCUGCUGUGCAUGGACACCAUCCGGGAAAAUGGUGAAGGGAAGUUUGCUAACUCCGCUGCAGCUGAUGCAUAUUCAAUCUCAGAAACUCUGGCUGACUUUGAGAUCAUUGUCACCAUCGUCAUCCUAAAGAAUGUCCUCACGUUCACCAGAGCCUUUGGAAGAAAUCUCCAAGGUGAGACGCUCGACGUGUUCUUCGCCGCCAACAGUUUAACCGCCGUGCUGCAUUCCCUGAACGAGGUCAAUGAUAAUAUUGAUGUCUACCACGAAUUCUGGUUCGAGGAGGCUGUGAGUGUGGCCAACGUAAUGGAGAUUCCUGUGACGGUGCCUCGGCUGUUUCUUCGGAAGCAGCGUGCAGCCGAUGUGAGUGAAAUCCAAGUAGAGGGGUAUUACAAGGAGUAUGUGACUGUGCCCGUUAUCCACGGCGUCAUGCAGGAGGUAGAGGACAUGUUCUCUGAGACCAACCUCAAAGCUCUCAAGUGCCUGUCCCUCGUCCCAGCCGUCAUGGGCCAAAUGAAGUUCAACACCACGGAGGAGAACUACGCAGAGGUGUACCGCAAUGACCUGCCCAACCCCGACACGCUGCCUGCAGAGCUGCACUGCUGGAGAAUCAAGUGGAAGCACAGAGGCAAAGAGGUGCGCCUGCCCACCACCAUCCACGAAACGCUUCAGCUGCCAGACGUCAAGUUCUUUCCAAACGUGAAUUCCUUCCUUAAGGUGCUUUCCACCCUUCCGGUGCUGAAAUUAGAGGACAACAAAAGCGACACAGCGAGCAAGCGGCUGCAGACUUAUCUUAGCAACGUGCCCUCCAAGCAGUGGAACAAAAGUCUCUCGAUGCUAAACAUUAACACUCACGUCAAACACGACCUGGACGUCAUGGUAGACAAAUAUUGCAGACUGUAUCCAGAGGAUGAUCCUGAAGCUGAGGCUGAGGCUGAAGCUGAAGCUGAAGGUGAAGCGGAGGCUGAGGCUGAGGCUGAAGCUGAAGCUGAGUCAGAGGAAAAAGCUGAGGCUGAAGCUGAAGCUGAGUCAGAGGAAAAAGCUGACGAAGAUGUGGAGAUGAAAUGAUAUGACAGACACUGAGCUCACAUUGUCAUUCAUCAAAAAACAAAUUCUCCUUAUUUUGGUCCCUCUUUUGAGUUUUGGUAAUAAGUAGCCAUAUUUGGAGGUCAGAACAUGUGCCACCACAUAGAACAAUAUCAAGGGCACAUCAUGUAAAUAUUCAUAGUUCAGUCUUUGUGUGUUCUUCUUAGCUUAGACUGAUUUAUAUAAAAUCUCUUGAUAUUACAGAAAAAAAAUGUUGUCUGUUUUUUUUUUUUUACUGCAUCAUUUAUUUGUUGCAUGUUUGAGGUGAAUGGUGUAUUCUCCACAAAUGGCCGACCUUAGACAUGAACUUUUGAAUAUGAAGCGCAUGACCAAGGCAGGUUUCCCUGUGACAGUCUGCCGACAGUGAAGUGACUCUCCUUCACUGACUGUGAGGCAGGAGGGGCACAAGAGGGAGCAGUUACACCAACAUCAGCAGAUCCCCCUCAACUCAUCCACAACAGGAAGCAGUCAAAACAGAUAGUGCUGAAGGUAGUUAAAAUGCCACAGUGAUUAUAUAAAACACAUUUCGCCUCACAAUGUUAAAUUACUUACUGGAAAUUACUUUU